AUGGCUCAAUCACACCCCGCGUCAACCAACACUCCGAGCUAUUUGACCGGUGAUCCCGCCGGUCUGCGUGAGUUCUUGGAUAAGUUUGAUGUCUUUCUCUUUGACUGCGACGGUGUGCUAUGGUCCGGUGACCACUGCUUCCCCGGGACGGUCGAGACCCUAGAGUUACUACGAAAGAAUGGCAAACAAGUCGUUUUUGUUACAAAUAACAGCACCAAGUCGCGCGCCGAUUACCGCAAGAAACUCGACGGUCUUGGGAUCCCGAGUACAGUGGUGAGUUCAGACGGCCAUCAUGCGCGCGAGACCGAGUGGCUCACACCGUACCAGGAAGAGAUCUUCUCGUCUUCCUACAGUUCCUCGAUCUACAUUUCCCGCAUCCUGCAGCUCCCCGAGAACAAGCGGAAAGUCUACGUAAUUGGUGAAAGUGGCAUUGAGCAGGAGCUGCGCUCGGAGAAUGUCCCUUUCGUCGGUGGCACCGACCCGGCGUACCGUCGUGACGUGCAGCCUGAAGACUACAAGCGGAUUGCCGCGGGUGAUACCUCCCUCCUUGACCCUGAAGUAGGAGUUGUGCUCGUUGGCCUGGACUUCCACCUGAAUUAUCUGAAGCUCGCCUUGGCCUAUCACUACGUGAAGCGUGGCGCCAUCUUCCUCGCAACCAACAUCGAUUCGACCCUGCCAAACUCGGGAGCGCUAUUCCCGGGAGCUGGGUCCAUGAGUGCGCCGCUGAUAAUGAUGCUCGGCCAGGAUCCCGUGGCACUAGGAAAGCCAAGCCAGGCGAUGAUGGAUGCGAUUGAGGGUAAAUUCAAGUUUGAUCGCACCCGCGCAUGCAUGGUGGGCGACCGUGCAAACACCGAUAUCCGCUUUGGUCUUGAGGGCAAUUUGGGUGGUACACUGGGUGUGCUCACGGGCGUUAGUUCCAAGGAGGAUUUCGUGUCUGGUCCCGUCCGGCCACUGGCGUACCUCGAUAAACUCUCGGAUCUGCUGGCCUCGGAGCAGUAA